AGUCUCUUUCGCUCUGCUAAUUGAACUUCGUGUACCGCGCUGAUUUCACAAGUUAAUGCGUUACAUCGGCACCCCGUCCGGUGUUUUUGUACUGGCCCAUGCUACUACUACCUUCGACUGGAGUUGGGGCCACAGCUACUCAUUUCGUUUUCAAUCUCUUUAUUUCGAGGUGCUACACGACAUUCCUUCGUGCCUGGGUGUACCCACUGGCCCUGAGGCACUCUUCUGUAGUUCGUGGUGCACUGGUCCGGAGUCGCAAACCGUCUCAACUGCAUUACUGUCGUUGUUAAUACCUGUUCCCACUCUGUCCAUGACUUUUCCACCUCGCCCUCGAGUUUGCUCACUGCAAGACAACACCCAAGACAACAACCAAGACGACAACACCUGGGCUUCCUUUCAGAUAAGUUCAAUUUUGCUGCUGGGAAAAUUCCUUACCACUCCCCAAGAAAAAAGAGGGCAUGUGCCAAGAGAUAUUAUGUGCUGAAUUCUGAGCAAAUAAAAGAUAGAGGUAGAUCCCUUUAUUUGUCAGACCCUGAUAAGAUAAAGGCUGUGGCUAGGACCUCCUAUCAUGCUGAUCCUAAAAAGAAAAAGGCAGCUGUUAGGGCCUCCUGAUAAAAAGAAGGCUGUUGUUAGGGCCCUAUAUUUGGCUGAUUCUGAUAAGAAAAAGGCAGCAUCUAGGGCCUUGUAUAAUUUGCACCCUUUGAAGAAAAAUUUGGCUGAAGCUGCUGCAAAAGCCCGCUAUGAUGCAAACCCUGCAAAAAAGCAUGCAGCUACCCAGGCAGCGUAUAAAUCUAACCCUGAAAGAAUGAAGGCAUUGUUUCGGGAAUAUCAUGCCUCACACCAUAGCACCAAGCUAAGAUAUUCCAGGAAGUAUCACUGCUAUGCCAAAAGAGAGAGAGUAAAGAAGGCUAGAUACACUUAGGCGCAGCCUAACCAACUGGCAAUUGAAAGGUGUUAUAGGAGUGUUAAGGCCAACCUGCUAGCUGACGGUGAAGUGUUUAACAGACUCGCACGUAGCCCUCUUUCUUGUCAGAGAUAGCGAGAGCCUACGCCUUUUCGAUGAAGACCCCAGGAGCGCUACUCUCGGACGCGGAGUCUUUCAGCGACGUCUCAGAAUCCCAACCCUCGACUUCCAAACGGAAAGCCUCUGCGAUUCGCUCCCUCCUCGAUCUGUCAGCGUUUGCACAUAAAAACAUUGAUACCCAACCCUAACCACAGUGGAUAUUCUCACCUUCUCACCCUCUUGGGUGGGUAGCUGAUUUAUUGUGCUAAAAUAAACUAGCAACUGGUAAUAAGUGGCUCUAUCCAGGGUUAGGUCACUAGAUGGUCUGUUUCUAACAGCCUUUGAUCCCCAGUCCAUCAGUGUUAGUGUGAGUUCCCUGGAGGAAGUAAACCGCCUCAGAAAAACCUAUAGACCUGAUCUUCCUCUCUACGAUAUACCACAUGUCUCUAGAAGAAAGAGGAAGCUCACUGGUGUAGACAAAACUGUGUCCCCAAGUGCAAAAAAGGUCAAGGUCAAUCCCACAUCUGCAAGGGAAAAUGAGGACUGUGUUAUUACAGGUACAGAAACACCUGCUGCUACCCCUUUCAAUUUCCACUCUGUAGAUGUACAGUGGCAGGGAAGUGCAUGCCAAGAGCUGGGCCUCCAAUAUUGUACACAAACACCAGUAAGACCAGGAGGAUCCACUGUCCCCCUCACACGUCCAGACAUGCGUAGUGUGAGACGCGUACAGGGAGAUGGUAACUGCCUCUUUAGGGCAUUAUCUUACAUUCUGACAGGGUCUGAGGAUCAGCAUAUGGGUGUACGACAUGCUAUCCUUGACCACAUGACAAAUAAUGCCCAAUAUUUCCUAGGCCACCAUCUCAUAGGCUAUGGAAGUAUUCAAAGUUAUAUAGCUUCCACAGGUAUGGACCAAGAUGGGGCCUGGGGAACUGACAUUGAGAUGCUGUCUUUGGCACACCUGCUCCAGACCCCUGUCUUCUCAUACAGCCAGCAGCAUGGGCAGUGGCAGCGGUACUCUCCUCAUGAUGUCGACAGACAACUGAUGGAUGACAUUUACCAGAGGUCUAUGUAUCUAUUGCACACAGGAAACUACUUCAAUGUUGUUGGUUCCAUAAGGAAGAAUUAGUGUAACCACAUGUGCCUAUACAUACCUCUCAGAGCAUAUUGGGGAAGGAGAGGGUGGGUCCCUGCAAUUUAGUUGAGGUGGCUUCCCCAUUUCAUGCUAUAACCACUGUAUAAAGUGUGAUUUACAUGUCCUGUACAUGACUUCUGAACAUGUUGGGGAAGAAGAGGGUGGGUCCCUGCAAUUAUAUGAGGUGGCUUCCCCAGUUCAUGUUCUAACCACUCUCCUAAAGUCUCCAGACUUCAUGGAGCUGACUGGUUUCAAGUGUAGGGAAACUGCACUGUCUUUACCACAAGGUUUUAGGGGACUGUAACUGCAUCACAAAAGUUGAGGUAGCACACUGUUAGAGGUGAAUGUCUGUACACUGACAAUUGUGUUGUAUGCUAACAGUAGUGAAUAAUCCCUCAGGAAACAGGUCUUAGCUCUGUCAGUAAUAUGAUCCUCCUCCAUUGAGGGGUGCACUGUGCAGUAGCUACACCUGUUGGGAUACUACUACAUUGAAGCUACACACACUCACCCAAAUAUCAGUGCACCUAAAUAAUGAAUGCAGUAUAUUAUCAGCACCCUUCCUACAUGCACCUUCACAUAGUAUUCUGAACAAGGUGGUUACUAUAAUACAGGCUCCUCUUUUUAAAAAAAUCUGUUUUCCCCUGGGAAGCUCUCUACCUCUGCAGGUCUCUGAAGGCUGUCAUUUUCUGUCUAAGGGGCCUGGUGUCUCCAACGUACAGGGGAGGGUGACUGUCAGGGGAGCUGACAUCACUGUAAUCAGAUUAUCUGGCGCCUUGGCAGGUGCUGUCCACUUGUCAGACCUGGACCCUAUGUACAAGCUUCUACUACACACCCACUACCCUCUUUGGCCUCCACCUUUUACUUCAGCUGGGUAGAUGGACCUCUUCAGAAGAGUGAACUCUCCUGCACAACAAAUCACAUGCAUUGUUGAAUAAUAUUUUGUCUCGCA